AUGGAAUCAGAAAAAUUAUCUAUGCAUGAAGCUUAUAAAAAGUUUUGCUCAAAGCAUCCAUUAAAAAAGUUAUCUAUGCCUAAAAGUGAUCUAGUAUGGUGUUAUUAUGAUAUUAAUAGUAGAAAUGACAAUAUAAUAAUAUUUUUGCACGGAAUAUGUGGAACAGCUGGUUGUUAUUUUUAUCAGUUAGAUUCAUUAUCUAACUUAGGUUUUAGAGUGAUUUCCUUUCAGUACCCUUGUUACAAUUAUUUAAAAGAUUGGAUAAAAAAUAUGUGUAAUAUCUUAGAAUAUUUAAAUAUUAAAAAAGCUCAUUUUUUUGCUAGCGAUUUGGGAGGUUACUUGAUUCAAUUAUAUGCAAAAUUAUAUCCAUCAAAAAUACAGUCUUUAAUUUUAUGUAAUUCAUAUAGAAAAACAGAUGAUUUUGCAGCAAUAUCUUCAUUAAGAAACAUAUAUGGAAAGUUAUACAGUUUUUUACCACAUGUUUUAUUAAAAAAAAUAAUAUUAGAAAAUUACAUAUAUAUCAAUUAUGUAAAUAUAGAUUUAAAAGAGAAAAAUUCUUUAGAAUUUAUGAGCAAUGAAAUUGAUUUAAUUUCUGCUUCAGAUUUAGGAGGAAGAAUUAGCUUGCAGUUAUCAUCAGAAAUAAUUGAUAGAAUUUAUGUUAAUGAUAGACAUAUAACUAUUUUGCAAACAUUAAAUAAUAUGUAUUCAGAUAGUUUAAAUGAAGAUAUGAAAAAAGCUUAUCCUUUUGCCAAACAUGCUAUUAUGAAAUCAGGUGGUGAUUUUCCAUAUUUAAGUAGAUAUGAAGAAGUAAACAUGUACAUUUUAGUUCAUUUAAGAAAUAAUUGCAAUACAACCUUUGUCAAAGAACAGAUUAGUAAUAUGAAUUAUUCUCAUCAACUAAAAAAUGAAGAUGAUUAUGACCAAAUUUAUGAAAGAAAAAAACAUGAUUCACAUAAUUAUUAUACAAGUGAAAGUAAUUUUAAGGGAGGAUACAAUAAUUCUAAUAAUAAUUCUAAUAAUGAUUCUAAUAAUAAUUCUAAUAAUAAUUAUAAUAAUAAUAAUAAUUAUAAUAAUAAUAAUAAUUAUAAUAAUAAUAAUUAUAAUAAUAAUAAUAAUGUAAAUACAUAUGAUUAUAGGGAAAAGUAUAGUAUAGGAACAAGUGAAAAUGAAACAAUAAAUAAUAAUAUAAAUGAUAAUUACCAUGAACAGUAUGAUUCUAAUUUAUAUAAAAACGGAAAUUAUAUUAUUAACAAAAAUAAUAAUAAUAAUAAUAAUAAUAAUAAUAACAAAAAUGAAUAUAAUCAUGGUGAUGAAAAUUUUACAUUCUGCAAAAAUAAUUCAAGCAAUAAUCAUAUCAAACAAAACAUUUUUGAAGAACGAAAUAGAAAUCAUUCAGUUAUAAAAAAUUAUUCAAGUGAUAAUUAUGAUUUUUCAAACAACUUUAAUAACCUUAACAUCAAUCAUAAUGAUCAUAAUUACAGGGACAAUAGCGAUGAUUACAGAAAUAUAACAGAUGACACAUAUAAUAACAUUAAUAAUGAAUAUAGUUACAUUGACACAAGUAAUGAAAACUUUAAUAAAACUAAUCAAAAUAUUAAUAAUUCAGAGGAUAGUUAUAACAACGAAUCAAUAGAAUAUCAAGAUAAUUUUAAUCAAAAUGAUACAAGGUAUAAUACUACUAAUAUCAAUCAAAAUGAUAUUUUUUGCCAUUUUUAA